AUGAAGUUUACACGCAGCGGGGAAUCCUCUCACUGGAGCUGAUGAAUGGGGAGGAGGGCCGAGGGAGCUGCCAAAGUGUAUAUAAGGAGAGAGAGGGGAAGUCGCUGAUGUGAAAAUCCACAGCAAGCAAAUAGCCUUCCAACCGAGGAGCAGAGACAACACGGAUUACCUUUAAUUGCUUUUUUUAUUUUUACAUAUAUACCUUUUGACAAAGCACCACUUUGGGAUCAUUUGUUGAACAUUAGGGGGGUUGGAAGAGUGCAGUGAUCUGCAUAAUUUGGUUUUUUUUACCGUCUUCCCUUUAUUUUAUUUUUAUUUUUUUACCUUUAUUUUCUCCUGAGAGAGACGCGGACUUCUAAGUGCAUCAGUAUGUUGAACAAUAUGGAUUUGAAUGCGAAAGAUUCCUUUUAUCCUCAGUUUGACAAUUGCAACAGUUCUUCCCUGGGAAUGGAAAACAGCGGACGGAAAGAUAACCAGGAGGUGUAUGUCGACGCAGAGCGGGGGGUACCUGCCCAGUUUGGCCACGAAGGAGCACCUGCGACCCUCAAAACCGAAGCUUCCAACUCGGAAUUCGCUUUUAACCCUUGCGAGUGCCCAAAAGACACCUACACCCCCUCAUCGCUCGCCUACUCCGGCAGUUUCUAUGUGGAGGCAUCUCAGGGAGCGCCGUGCAGCACCGAAACGCUCCUCAACAUGAUCACUGAGAUCGUGGGUAUAUCUACAAUGCCAAUCUCAGAAGUGCAACAGAGCGGCAACAGUCGGGGAACUUAUCCAUCGCCUGCGCCGAUGGACAGCAGCAAUGGCAAUUUUGGAGACAUCAAAAGGCAGUCCUACAUCUGUACAUCCGGACCCACUCCUCCUGUAUACUCUCCAGAGCAGACGUGCCAGAGAUAUGCUGACGAUCAGGCCGGCACUCAGGCCCAAGACCCGACCACUUCCCAGCUCCUCUUCAGCUCCUCGGGAGCUCCAAGCCAGAAGAAGACUGAACCAAAGUCUGAGGCCGCUUCUUUUCCCGUGGUGGUCAAGAACGAGUUCGAAAGCAGCUGCUACGAGUGGGGGACAUUUAACAAGUCCGGCUGUUUGGAGACAAGUUUCCAGACAGAAACCUUCCCGAUGUCGAGCGACUUCCCCCCCGACCAGCAGAUGGAUGUAAAGGAACUUUUAGACACGUUCCCCCCGAUUUGUCCCAACCCAGAGAUGGAGUUUAAAGUGGAGGGAGGGAUCAAGCAGGAGCCGUGUUUCUCUGACACCUGCUCCCAGAGCUACUCCAGUCCCCUGUAUAAUAAUUACCUCCCCCCACCGCCCAUGGGCCUCUCCUCAAACCUCAAACCCUUUCCUGAACCAGCACAGCCAUCUAACCAGUGUGACUCCUUAUACGCGUCACCAGCUUUGCCAAGCACCAUAGAUUCCAUCCUGUAUUCUUCCUUGUUGCCAGAUUCUUUUGCCCAAAGUUACACGACCCGCGUGACCAAGUCCCCCAGGGCCAGAAAGAGCCCCGCCGCCUCCCACGGCCCAGCCAAAGAGAAGCCUUUCACCUGCCCCAUGGAAAGCUGCGACCGGCGUUUCUCGCGCUCGGACGAACUAAACCGGCACAUCCGCAUCCACACGGGCCACAAACCUUUCCAGUGCCGCAUCUGUUUGCGCAGCUUCAGUCGUAGCGACCACCUCACCACCCACACCAGGACUCACACGGGCGAGAAGCCGUUUUCCUGCGACGUGUGCGGCAAACGGUUUGCUCGCAGCGACGAGAGGAAGCGGCACGGCCGCGUACACCUGAAACAGAAGGAGAAAAUGGAAAUAAAGCCUCAGGUGAGCGCCGCUCCGUGGCCCUUCGUUCUUCCCGAGGGGAUUUGAAGACACCUCCACGUGUCCACACACCCACACGCACACAAUAUUAGGAUCUUUCCGUCUUGGAAGAUAAGUCAGCUGACUACAACUUGAUGUCUGAGUUGGUCUGACUUCAUGGCGAGCCAAUGCCUGCAGACUGAGGAGGUGUUUUGAUUUUUGAGGAGCAGAGAAGAGAGAGUGCUUCGGCCUUGCUGUCCGUUGCAGAUGACGCUGACUUCAGGCAAACUUAAAUGCAUAAGUUGUAAAAGUCGGUAACGAGAUGAACAGACUGAGCCUGGUAGCUGUUGCACAGUCUCGUGGAGCCAAACCUCUCUGUUUGCAUUUGCAUGACUGCUGUUCAGCACCUCUUCACGUGGACAGCUCCAACCUCCACCGCCUCUGAGCCUGGAUGGAUUGCACUUAUUAAAUAUCGCCGUUUAAGAUUCUUAUUUUCUGCUUUUAGCGUUCCUAGAGCAAUGGUUUGGACUAUGUUUCUUGAAAAAUGCAUGUUUAUGUCAGUGUUUUACUUUUCCUUUAAUCGGAAUAAUCAACCACUGUCAAGGUGCACGCCUUCACUCAACAGUGAGGGUGAUUGACUUGAAUGUAACAUAUUUAUGGAUCUGACCAUAAAGCUGUCCAUCUUUGAUCAAAUUUAGUGUUUGUUUAACUCCUUAUCAUUUCGAUGUCAGGUGUUUUUUUGUCAUUUGGUCCUUGUGCUGUGUUACGAUUGUUUGGAUUAUUACAGUUGUGAAAGCUAUAUCAUAAAUGGGAAAUAAAUAUAUUUGUAUGACUGUACUUCUUUGUAUUUUUAUAGAUAAGUGUAUAUUUUGCAUUUGCCACAUUUGAGUGUCCUUUCUAACGUGGAAUAUAUUCUAAAUCAUGAAUAAUGUCUUGUUUUUUGAGGGCUAUUAUCCAGUAACACGAUAUUUUAAAUGUUACAAUUUGAUAUCAGAAACAUUUUCACACUUCAUCCCAGUGUUGCUGUGAUGACAACAUGAGUUUAAUUUAGAUCUGAAGGGGACCAGAGUGUAUGUGAGUUGUCGUACAGAUUUCUUUCUUUUUUUUUUUUUGCAAAAAUGAUUUUACAAUAUGUACAGAUGUUGAUUUUAGUUAGAAAUGACCAGUAUAUGGUAAACACAUUGCUUUUGAGUAAUCAGGUAGCACACAUUGCUGCAAGUUUCUGGAGACUUUACCUACAAUGGAAGGGUUUGACGACUGAUCACUUUUACUGGAAUAAAUGCUGACAUGUUCAUUUUAAAACCUAUAAAAAAAAGAAAAUGCUGAGAGUUUGGUGAAAUUGUCACCAACAGGCUACUGCAAAAAAUGUAAUUUUACUCGCCUUAAGUUAUAUUAACUGUUAAAGAUUUUGUACAUACACAGUUUCUACAAUACUUUAAAUUAAUAUUGAUGUUGUUAUUUUUAUGAAAAGUUUAUGAACAAAAUAAACACUUUCUGGAAGCAGCAAGUUUCUUGUGCAUGCUUCACAUGGAUCAAACAACAAAAAUGUUUUUUUUUUUUUUCCUUUUCUCACUUUGCCCAAUCUGUUUCAUAUAACAUUAAGACCCCCCACUGCUCACUGUUGGGUGAUGAGUUUAUCCUCCCAAAAUAUACAUUAUAACAGGCCACCUGUGUGCACCACACUGUCGCCCUAACAUUAGAUGACACCGUUGUGCCCCGUGACUCACGAGGCUUUUGACUCAAGCACAUUAACGUGAAUGCCCGAUUACUCAGUGCUGCGAGUCUGAAUCCACUCCACUUUAAAAAUAUCACUUUCCCAAUGCAAUGAUGUAAAUGUAGAGACGAACACCGAGAACGCCAUAAUAAUCUCUACGUGAAACCUGUGAAACGGGGAAUUUUCUUGCCAUGUCAGUGAGAUGAUCUGAUGCUCUCACUUCAUUCAUUCCUUUGUUCAUUCACUCAUCCAUUCUU